CAACAGCCACCCCCGCCUCCAUCUCCACCUCACCAGUCAGUUCCUAACCAGGCUGAUGACCAUCUCAAUGUGGUUCUCCAGUUUCGGCGGUUGACCCCACCGGCUUUCGUCGGUGUUGGAGGGCCCACAGCCGUAGCAGAACUGAUUCGCCAACUCGAGCAGAACUUUGAUCUCCUUCAGUGUAUUGAUGUUCAGAAGGUUAUCUGCGGCCGUUGCCAGCUGAAUGGUGAUGCUGCAAUGUGGUGGUCCGAUUACUGGAGGCUGAGGCCGGGCGAGCUAGCCAACCUGACAUGGGAAAGGAUGAAUGAGGUGGUACUUGAGAAGUAUUACCCCCAGAGCUACCGUAUAAGUAUGGAACGCGAAUUCUGGGAUCUCCGUCAGGGGACCGGUACUGUUGAGGAGUACGAGCAGAGUUUCACCCGCAUGAGUGCUUUUGCUCCUCACUUGGUGGAUACUGAGCUGAAAAAGGCCACCAAGUUUCGUGACGGACUGCACCCCACCCUUCGUAUGCACCUUACUAUCCAUGGGAACCUUCUCUAUGGCGAAACUGUGAUUCUAGCUAUUCAGCUUGAGAGUU